UUUUAAAAGGUGAAUUCAAUUAACGGGAAUCUCAUGCACCAGUGGGAAAGAAGACGCAAAUUGCGCCGAUUAUUCAAAAGGAGAAAGCAUAGAAAUUGAAAACAUGUUAUUGGAAUUAUUAUUAAAUUGAAUUUUGAUAUUAUUGAGAUUGGUUGAUUAUUUUUCUAAAUGAAGGAAGAUGAAGAAGGUGAUGAUAGGAAAAUCAACGAAGAGAAAGUUCAAGAAUUCAAGCUUUGGGGAAUUUUUCUCUUUGGCUUAAUUGGUGCUACCGCCACCACCUUCGCCUUGUCUAGGUCGAAAGGUGGUUCUUUUCGAUCAGCUUUUCAAGAAGAAGCAUGGAAGAGGUACAAUAAGCGAUUGCAAGAGGAAUACGAGGAAGAGGCUGAGAGAGUGGAAAGAAUAAGGCAAAUGCAAAGUGUGUUUAAUAGAGAAAGGGAGAAGACGUUUAGAAGAAAAUACGAGAAUUGGAAGGAAAAUGGUUCUGGCACAAAUCCUCAGCAUUUCCAAAGAGAUGAUUGGUAUUCGAAAGCUGAACAAACCUUUAGAGACCAAUGGAAAAAUUACCAAGACACCCCAAGGGAAAAUGGAAGCAUAAAUUAUUCAUUAACACACCACUACACGGUUUUGGGUCUUGACAGGUCUAGAACAACACCUUAUACAGAUGCUGAAAUAAAGACAGCGUUUAGGACGAAGGCAAUGCAGUAUCAUCCUGAUCAGAACCAGGAGAAUAAAGAGGCUGCUGAAGCUAAGUUCAAAGAAGUAAUGGAUUCAUAUGAGGCCAUACAACAAGAAAGAAAGAAUCAUAGUCUGUAAUUGCAACCUUGCCUGAUAAUCCAGGCACCCUGAAGGAUGCGAGGUAUUCAAAAUAAGCAUAAUUUUUGGGGUUGUGGCUAAGGUUGAUGUAGUCCACUGGUAUGCUGAAAACCAAGGGAACCCUCAAUUUUGGGUAUUUAAUACACAAUAGUGGUUUGUAUCACAAUGUUGUUGUUAUCAUAAUAAGAGCCAUUGAUUUUUAUGUCGGGAACUCAUAAAACAGAGCAGCCUAAUGUGUAUUUAGGUAUGAAACAAACGGUUGAAUUAUUACUAUAAUUUUAUUUGAUUAUUUUUGAAAUGGCAAAAAUAGCCCAACGGCAUAGAAAUCAGUUUGUGUAAGGAACUCAAUUUGAGCAUAAGCUAUGUUGUAACUAUUACAAUUUUAAUUUGUAGGAUUGUUUGUUUUUCCACUGGUUUAAAAUUA